AUGGAGAGGCUUGACUGCCCACAACGAAAGCUGCUUAGACGGCUACUUGGCUACUUUUGGCCUAGGGAGACCGGCAGAUCGCUUUGUUCAAGUGUGGAUAGGCAGUUCAGGCGAGACGUAAGGUUUCGCAGAAUAUGGAACAGCGACGAAUGGAUUGAUUCUGUGCAAGCUCUCGCAGAAGAUCGAGAAGGUUGGGCAGAGCUGUGUUCAAGGACUGCACACCUCGGCGAAGAUGCGGCUAAUCGCGUCAGGCGAUGA